AGCAUAUGCUGUGCGCAGCAUGCAGCAACCAUCAGCAGCAUGAUAGCCAAGUCGUUCGCCCGAAGGCACGCUCACAGCAACAACUACCCUAACCCCAUGUAGGGCAAUCAGCAUCUCCAACACCUUCAAUAACCUUUCCAACUCCACUUUCGACGACCGAGCAUAGCGUUGCCCUCCGACAUUUGUUCAUGGUGCAUUCGCGAUAACGAAUGUAGAUUACGAUUCAAGGAUGGCAGAUUUCGAGGGGCUGGCAUUUUGCUGCCGCACAAAUGAGGGUCGUAGUGUUUGGACACGACCCAAGGUCACGAUCGAGUUUGAUGAGGGUGACUUCUUCUGGUGUGCAAGUAGUGGUGCAUCCAUCUUUUUCACGCACUUCCGAGUGGCUGAGUCGGAGCGCGUGGUCGAGGUUCUCAAAGGACAAAGGUGCGCAUAUGAAGCUGCGGGGUUUGAACUCUGCUACGGGCGCAAUACAUGGGACCUCAUCAUACCACAGCAGCUGCGGUUGUCCGAUUCGUGAUUGGAAUCCUGCAGUGAAUCAGCGAGUUUCGCUCUUUCCUUCGAUGGUCGCAGGCAAAUCCAUCCAGUCUUUGCCGCCACACUGACCACUGCGCCUUAUACAUUUUUACCGCCAGGUUUUCAACUUGAAUGGACGAGUCCUGCGCGAACGGUUUCGGACGACAGGGCUGGAGCGAAAGUUCCAAGUGCGACGUGAAAGGCAGGUCGACCAUUUACAGGCCACACAGCGCGAGAGCUCCUUUGACCACUUUGCAUUGCAGACUUCCUUGCAAGCACUUGCCACCGCAUGCAACUAGCGAUGAGCCAUGUGCUAAACAUACACUUGUGAGUGGAGUGCACUUGAUGAAGGCGAGGGGCUUGCGCCAAGAUGGCGCCCGCCUCACUGAUGGAAACCGGUUGGCUCAUGAUAGACCUUUAGCCAAGAGUACCGUUUGUUGAGGCAGUGGGCAACUGUCAACUCACGACUGGCGCUUAGCUGCUGGCAUUGUUCCUAUAUGGCCCCAAGCUCGUUCAGAUGUCCGGCGCCUUGAAGGGCAUGUAAAGCUGAGUGAGCAGCUCCAAAUGAGCGUUUCACUCGCAUUGCGCCCGGAAAGUUGGGUGUGACUGAUGUUCAUGUAGUAAUAUUAAGCUAGCGCGGCCCCCAGUAUGUAGGUUAAAAUCGACAAUUCAGGGAGGGCUUGUGGGGGGGCUAACUUCC